ACCACUGAUGCCAUCCAACUGUCGAGACUCUGUGACCUUCAGCAGUAAUCAAGGCAUUCUCUGUUGUGCAAAAGACUUGUAGGUCACAGUUUCUCUUACGUUGACAGUGUGGGAAUCCAUAAGGAAGCUCACUGCGUGGACUACUGAUGUUCAAGAUCUUUGGGGAUAUUUUAAUGUCAUUCAGAAUCAACCGAAAGAAGGGUCGUGUUCUGGAUUCUCUGUCAGAGACUGCAGCAGAUGAACCACGGGUGCUGUGCAUUGUUCAGGACACCACCAAUGCCAAGGCAGUUACUCAGCGGCUCACCCUAAAUCUUCCUGCAUCCACUCCGCUCAAACGGCUGUUCGAUGAUGUAGCAUCUAAAGCGGGUUACGUUACUGGCACCUUUGAAUUAGUCUGGACCAAUGGUCUGAACAAAGCUGACCAGAGUCCCCUGGAUUACUCUAGUGAAAAAUCUCUUGCUGAUUCUGGAUUUGAACCAGGAAAGAAAAAUUUUCUUCAUCUCACAGAUAAAGAUGGCGAACAACCCCAGUUUGCAUCGGAUGAGUCUGGUACAGCAGAAAGCAGUGGACAUGAUGACAGUGCUCAGGAAAGGAUUAUUGGCCCUCAGCUAAGGGAAAACACUGUGGGUUGUGGAGAGUACAAUAGUCAGAACUACUCUUACUCUCCUGUCCUGGGAAAGUCAGAAACUGGAUAUGUUGGAUUGGUGAACCAAGCUAUGACCUGCUACCUGAACAGCUUGCUGCAGACACUCUUCAUGACCCCUGAAUUUAGGAAUGCACUGUACAGGUGGGAGUUUGAAGAAUAUGAAGAAGAUCCAGUGAUCAGCAUUCCUUAUCAACUCCAAAGGUUGUUUGUCUUGUUACAAACUAGUAAGAAAAGAGCAGUGGAAACAACAGAUGUGACUCGAAGCUUUGGCUGGGAUAGCAGUGAAGCAUGGCAGCAGCAUGAUGUUCAAGAAUUGUGCAGGGUUAUGUUUGAUGCAUUGGAGCAGAAAUGGAAGCAAACUGAACAGGCUGACCUCAUCAACCAACUGUACCAAGGAAAAUUGAAGGAUUACGUCAAGUGUCUGGAGUGUGGCUAUGAGAGCUGGAGAAUUGAUACAUACCUUGAUAUCCCACUAGUUAUCAGACCAUAUGGUUCCAACCUGGCAUUUAACAGUGUGGAAGAGGCCUUGCAAGCAUUUGUUCAGCCUGAAACCUUGGACGGCCCCAACCAGUAUUUCUGUGAACGCUGCAAGAAAAAAUGUGAUGCACGCAAGGGGCUAAAGUUUCUACACUUCCCAUACCUACUGACACUGCAACUGAAGCGCUUUGACUUUGACUAUACCACAAUGCACAGGAUUAAGCUGAAUGACCGAAUGACCUUUCCAGCUGAGCUCGACAUGAGUCCUUUCAUAGAUGUGGAAGAGGAGAAAUCUCCUCAGACUGAGAGCUGCACAGACAGUGGUGCUGAGAACGAAGGAAGUUGCCACAGUGACCAGAUGAUCAAUGACUUCUCAAAUGAUGAUGUUGUGGAUGAAGGAAUAUGCCUGGAGAAUAACAGUGGAGGUGAAAAAUCCUUAAAGGCAGGGAAUGAAAAGGGUGCCUGGAUUUAUGAGCUCUUCUCGGUUAUGGUUCACUCAGGGAGUGCUGCUGGUGGACAUUACUAUGCCUGUAUUAAAUCAUUCAGUGAUGGACAGUGGUACAGUUUUAAUGACCAGCAUGUUAGCAGGAUUACUCCAGAUGAUAUUAGGAAGACGUAUGGUGGCUCUACAGUAACCAGAGGAUAUUACUCCAGUGCUUUUGCCAGCUCCACCAACGCGUAUAUGUUAAUUUACAGACAAAAAGAAUCUACAAGAAAUGCAAAGUUCUUGGAGGUCCAUGAAUUUCCUGAGCACAUCAAGCAUCUAGUCCAGAAGGAGAAAGAAACAGAAGAACAAGAAAAAAGGCAGCGGGAAAUUGAACGUAACACUUGCAAGAUCAAGCUGUUCUGCAUGCAUCCUGUGCGGCAGGUAAUGAUGGAAAACAAACUGGAGGUCCAUAAGGACAAAACAUUGCAAGAAGCUGUGGAGAUAGCAUACAAGCUGAUGGAUUUAGAAGAUGCAGUUCCAAUUGACUGCUGUCGUUUGGUCAAGUAUGACGAGUUCCAUGAUUACUUGGAGCGUUCUUAUGAGGGAGAGGAGGAUACCCCAGUGGGGCUACUUCUGGGUGGAGUGAAGUCAUCAUAUAUGUUUGAUUUGCUCCUGGAAACAAGACAACCUAAUCAAACAUUUCAGCCUUACAAAUCUGGCGAAGUGAUGGUGAAAGUGCACGUGGUCGACCUAAAAUUGGGAACUCUGCUUCCACCCAUCAGCAUCCGUGCUUAUCUUAAUCAAACAGUCACAGAGUUCAAGCAGCUCAUUUCCCAGUGCUGACCAAUAUGGGAGCUG